UCAAACGAUGCAUUGAUCGGACCGUUUAAAAAAUGUUCAAUGUCGUUGUUUUAAGAAUGCUCGCGGAGCAUUCUUUGCACUUUGGUUGACGUGAGAUAUCAGUAUUUCAGUGAACGCAGUUUCUCUGGUAGCGCUGAACCCAUCACUUCAGCAGCAAUAUGUAUAUGUUCUUUCAUUUUGGUGAAAGCGAAAUUAUUUUGUUUAACGGAUGGAAAGUGGUAGACUGGACAGGGAUCGGAUGGUCAAUGCUUGGAAUUAUUCUUUUAGUGACGUUAUAUGAAGGAAUAAAGAGUUAUCGUGAUCAUCUUUACGUCGAGACCGCCCGUUAUUCGAGACUUAGGAAUAGAAUACCAAGGACGGCAUUACUUUUCUCCAAGAUACAUUUCGUUCAAACGAUCGGACACGUCUUGCAGCUGAUCAUAGGAUACUUUCUUAUGCUAAUUUUUAUGACAUACAACGUUUGGCUCUGCUUAGCUGUCGCGAUCGGUACUGCCCUAGGUUACUGGCUGUUUUCUUGGGAAAAGUCCAGCGGCGACAAUAUUGACUGCUGUUUGUAGUAAUAAGAUCUUGUUCUCUCUCUGUCUAGCCGAAACGAGAUUCUACAAACAGGAACUGUUCUAAUGAAGUGAACACAAAAGUUGACUAAUCGGUACCACAAUAUCGUAAAACGUCCAUAUUUCGAUCACACGGUCCGCCCCGUCUCACUGGGAAGGGAAUUUACGAGCUUGAUCCGAAUCUAAGGUUGCAUACAAAAAAAUAAUGUCCAACAAUAGUUCAGAGACUAUUUUCAAUAACAGUACACCAUGCGUGUACAGAAGACAGUUCAAGUCGAUGGACGAGAUACUGCUUGGAUGGGAUAGAUUCAAUGCUAGGGCGUUUCUUACUAUCUUCUGCCUCUUUUGCAUUUGGUGCAUAACAUUUUUCUUGACGUAUAAGCAGGAAGGUUCUCAUGAGGGUCACGAAGGUCAUGAAGGCCACAACGGUCACGAAGGCCACGCUGGUCAUGAAGGCCAUGGGAUGUCUAUGGGUCUGUGAAUUUUUACGCUUCCGGAGGUAUGUAAAUAUUCUAAAUCAUUUUAGUUAAUUAACAUCAAUCAUUUUUCAGUUAUUCUGUUUAAUAAUACUUUACCAAAGAUGUACUGACAAGUAAUCGAUCGAUUGUGAGUUUCAUUUUGAAUCGAAUGUUUCACGAAAUAUAUGUUCUUUAUAGACAUUGUAGUUAACACCUUUCACUAUGUUAAAUAUAUUAUUACACUUUUAUUUACAAUUUUUUAUUUAUAAUAUUCAAGUGAAAUAUAAUACGA